GAGAGAGAGAGAGAGAGAGAGACGCUCUAUCUGAAGCAGAAAGAGAACUUUGCUUUGGCUGCACCUGACUGUACUGUGGCGCCGUUUGCUGUGGAUAUUUCUGUGGCGCUUUACGUUCACGUGUGUGUGGUUCCUUUAGUGUGCGUUCGGCUGGUGUCGGUACCGGGUCUUAGAUCUGUGAUCUCACUCAGUCAGUGUUCAGGCCUGUCUGUCUGAGAGCACAAACACACCUAUUGGACUGAGCUGACAUCACCAUGGACAAAGCUGAUUUCCUGAAAGGACUACCCGUGUAUAACAAGACUAACUUCAGCAGAUUUCACGCAGACUCUGUAUGUAAAGCAUCGAACAGAAGGCCGUCAGUCUAUCUGCCUACACGGGAGUAUCCCUCUGAACAGAUCAUUGUCACAGAAAAGACAAACAUUCUUUUGCGCUACCUUCAUCAACAGUGGGACAAAAAGAAUGCAGCAAAAAAGCGAGAACAGGAGCAAGCAGAUGGAGACGGAGGCAGCCCAGCACCUCCUCGUAAAAUCGCCCGGACAGACAGCCAGGAGAUGAAUGAAGACUCUUAGGGAAACCUGCCACCCAACAGCACAAGGGCAGACACCGCAAGCCCGCUCUCUCAGAACAUUUAAAAACCUGCACAACACAAAAGCAUUUCAUCUCAGAAAGAAAGAAAUGGAUAAACACUUCUUAUAUAGUGCUUCCUGAUGCAGUCAGUGCCCCUCAACCAGCCUGUCUGCCCAGUUCUGUACACAUGGGGGGCGUAACGGGGUGCCACUGCCAACUUUGAUGAUUCUGCUGAACUCUGACCUGCCUUGAUACAGAGAUAUUUACCAAGCACAUAAUAAGGGAUGUCCAGAGUGUCUGCUAUGAACCUUUAUAAGAAGAUGUGGCACAUUGUGAUUUUGUUAGGACACAAUUAUUGCAAUUUAAAAGUGUACAAGCACCCUCGUAAUCUUUGCUGUGGAUUGUUGCUUUCCUUAUACACUCCGCCACAGGCACUAAAAACACAGUCUCUCUUCAGUGUCCAAAGGGAAAUGUCUGAAAUGUACAAUCUUGUUAGGCAGACUUAGAUGUAGUAUUUUGUGUUGGUAUACUGUUACGGUCUUCCUAGCAGAUGCUUACUUGUGCAUGAAUGCACUGUUAGGACUCUAUCUCUCACCAGUGUCACAGGUUGAGGAUGACAGUGCAGUUCUGAUGAUGUGAAGAAAUACAGAUGGUCAGUUACAAAUGCAUAGUCAAUGUCUCUCACUCUCUCUCUCUACCCCGUCUUGUCAUAUAAGCUUUCAAUGCUGUGUUAGUUUCAGCAGGCUUUGCUCUGGGGGUCAUCAACUGAUUGAUUGCCUUCAGAUGCUAAGCUUAACCAUUGACUUUGAUUCUCAUCUGAAAGAAUCUUUAUGUGCCAAUCCAAUUAUGGUUGUUUUGCCAACUACGUAUGAUAGAACUUCCCCCAAGUUAAUGAUGCCUUUUGUUUGCUAUCUGGAUUUGUACAAUUUUGUUCCCUAGUUCUGAGAUUUGGGGCAUAACUAUGCAGCAGUUCCUCUCUUAACCUGCAGAGGGAGUCAGUGAGCUGUGGUUGUGAAUGAAAAGGUUAAACAGGAGGAGCUUUAGGUAUGUUGCUUAAUACUGUGCUGCAGCAGGUGUACUUGAGCUCACAGCAUAUCUGUAAUACUGUGUGCUUUUACUGUGUCUUGAGGCACAAUGUUAGGAGAUGUUAAGUUAGCUAUGCCAGUGGUUUAUUGUAUUAAAAAGUGUUUCAAAUCUUUUUUCUCUCCUUUAAA